GCGCCCCGCCCCGCUGCCGCCGCCACCAUUGGCCAGGCGGGAAGUCGUUCUCCCAGCUCAUUCUGCGGCCGCGGGAGUGCGGGGGAAACUUCAUUAUUACUGUGACGCUGAAGGCCGGGGAGGCCUGAGCUGCCUGAGGGCUACGGCCGCGGGGUCGGCGCUGCGGAACCCGGUGCGGGUGCGGGCGGGGCGACGAUCUCGGGGCACCGAGCCCGCCGCACCCGCGGGGGGAGGGGGCUGGGCUGUCCUCAGCUCCCUGUCACGGAGGUGCCUCCCGCCUCUGCUCAGCCGCGGGCGGCGGGUGACCUCCCUGCGUGAAGAGCUUCGCAGCGCGGCGGCAGGGGAAUUCGCGUUGCGGCUGGGGCCGGCUCCUCCCACCCAGCUGGCGGGCGGGGCUCGGGGAUCCGGUGUCUGGUGCAGACGCUGCUGCGGCCGAGCCGACGGCUGGACCUUGGAGCAGGCUAUAUGAGACCCUGAAGAAUAAGAACAAUGUUAUGUUGGGGGUAUUGGUCUCUGGGCCAACCAGGCAUCAGCUCCAACCUGCAAGGAAUUGUGGCUGAGCCCCAGGUGUGCCGCUUUGUAUCGGACAGAAGCAUCAAGGAAGUGGCUUGCGGAGGAAACCACUCGGUGUUCCUGCUGGAGGAUGGGGAAGUUUAUACGUGUGGAGUAAACACCAAGGGACAGCUUGGCCAUGAGAGGGAAGGUAACAAGCCAGAACAAAUUGGAGCAUUGGCUGAUCAGCAUAUCGUACAUGUGGCAUGUGGCGAGUCACACAGUCUGGCUCUCAGUGACCGCGGCCAGCUGUUUUCUUGGGGUGCCGGCAGUGAUGGCCAACUGGGCCUUAUGACUACCGAGGAUUCUGUGGCAGUGCCCAGGCUAAUACAGAAGCUGAACCAGCAGACCAUAUUACAAGUUUCCUGUGGCAACUGGCACUGCUUGGCUCUGGCAGCUGAUGGCCAGUUCUUCACUUGGGGAAAGAACAGCCAUGGACAGCUGGGCCUGGGGAAAGAGUUCCCCUCCCAAACUAGCCCACAGAGGGUGAGAUCUUUGGAAGGGAUCCCGCUGGCUCAGGUGGCUGCAGGCGGAGCUCAUAGCUUUGCCCUGUCUCUCUCGGGAGCUGUUUUUGGCUGGGGAAUGAAUAAUGCCGGGCAGCUAGGGCUCAGUGAUGAAAAAGAUCGAGAGUCUCCGUGCCACGUGAAGCUUUUACGAACACAGAAAGUCGUCUAUAUUAGUUGUGGAGAGGAGCACACAGCAGUUCUCACAAAGAGUGGGGGCGUGUUUACCUUUGGUGCUGGCUCCUGUGGACAGCUUGGCCAUGACUCCGUGAAUGAUGAAGUUAAUCCGAGAAGAGUCUUGGAGCUGAUGGGCAGUGAAGUCACUCAGAUUGCAUGUGGCAGGCAGCACACUCUAGCCCUUGUGCCUUCUUCUGGACUCAUCUAUGCAUUUGGUUGUGGAGCUAAAGGUCAGCUGGGAACCGGACAUACAUGUAAUGUCAAGUGCCCAUCUCCUGUGAAGGGUCACUGGGCUGCCCACAGCGGUCAGCUUUCAGCUCGAGCUGAUCGCUUUAAGUACCGUGUCGUUAAGCAGAUCUUUUCCGGAGGGGACCAGACUUUUGUACUUUGCUCCACGUAUGAGAAUUCUUCUCCUGCUGUUGACUUCAGAACUGUGAACCAAACACAUUAUACCCACUUAAUAAAUGACGAAACCAUAGCAGUUUGGAGACAAAGACUCUCAGAACACAACAACGCAAAUACCGUCAAUGGUGUUGUUCAGAUACUGUCUUCUGCAGCUUGUUGGAAUGGAAGCUUUCUGGAAAAAAAAAUUGAUGAACAUUUUAAAACCAGUCCCAAAAUCCCUGGGAUUGACCUGAACUCAACUAGGAUUUUAUUUGAGAAGUUAAUGAACUCUCAGCACUCCAUGAUUCUAGAACAGAUACUAAACAGCUUUGAAAGUUGCCUCAUUCCGCAGUUGUCAAGUUCACCCCCAGAUGUGGAAGCAAUGAGAAUCUAUUUGAUACUGCCGGAGUUUCCACUGCUUCAGGAUUCUAAGUAUUACAUAACGCUGACCAUUCCCCUGGCGAUGGCCAUUCUGCGGCUGGAAACGAACCCUAGCAAAGUCUUAGAUAACUGGUGGUCUCAGGCCUGCCCAAAAUAUUUCAUGAAGCUAGUAGCCCUCUAUAAAAGUGCCGUCGUUUACCUCCUAAGGGGAAGGAAGACAUUCCUAAUUCCAGUAGUGUUUAACAAUUACAUGACUGCGACCCUCAAGCUUCUGGAGAAGUUGUACAAGGUAAAUCUUAAGGCGAAGCAUGUGGAGUAUGAUAAGUUUUAUAUCCCUGAGAUUUCUAGUCUUGUGGACAUUCAGGAAGACUACCUCAUGUGGUUUUUGCAUCAGUCCGGGAUGAAGGCUAGAUCAUCUAUCAUGCAGGAUACUGUAACCUUUUGUUCCUAUCCUUUCAUCUUUGAUGCCCAAGCCAAGACCAAGAUGCUGCAGACCGAUGCCGAGUUACAGAUGCAGGUGGCAGUCAAUGGAGCCAACCUGCAGAAUGUCUUCAUGCUUCUUACCCUGGAGCCUCUGCUGGCCAGAAGCCCCUUCCUGGUCCUUCACGUCCGCAGGAACCACCUUGUUGGAGAUGCCCUGAGAGAGCUGAGCAUUCACUCUGACAUUGACUUGAAGAAGCCUCUCAAAGUAAUCUUUGAUGGUGAAGAAGGAGUAGAUGCUGGUGGUGUUACGAAGGAAUUCUUUCUUUUGCUGUUAAAAGAACUUUUGAAUCCCAUUUAUGGGAUGUUUACCUACUAUCAAGAUUCAAAUCUCUUGUGGUUUUCAGAUACAUGUUUUGUAGAGCACAACUGGUUUCACUUGAUUGGCAUAACCUGUGGAUUAGCUAUCUACAACUCCACUGUGGUUGACCUCCACUUCCCAUUGGCUCUCUACAAGAAGUUACUGAAUGUAAAGCCCAGCCUGGAAGACUUGAAGGAACUGUCACCAACUGAAGGAAGGAGUCUUCAAGAGCUUUUAGAUUACCCUGGUGAAGACAUUGAGGAGACCUUUUGCCUCAACUUCACGGUGUGCCGAGAAAGCUAUGGGGUGGUAGAACAGAAGAAGUUGAUACCUGGGGGAGACAGAGUGGCCGUCUGCAAAGACAACAGGAAAGAAUUUGUGGAUGCUUAUGUGAAUUAUAUCUUCCAAAUUUCGGUUCAUGAGUGGUACACAGCUUUCUCCAGUGGCUUCCUAAAGGUGUGUGGUGGCAAAGUCCUCGAGCUCUUCCAGCCUGCAGAACUGAGGGCCAUGAUGGUGGGGAACAGCAACUACAACUGGGAAGAGCUGGAAGAGACUGCUGUCUACAAGGGUGAUUAUUCAAGCACACAUCCCACUGUGAAACUAUUCUGGGAAACAUUCCAUGAGUUCCCAUUAGAGAAGAAGAAGAAGUUUCUCUUGUUCCUGACAGGCAGUGACCGGAUUCCCAUCUAUGGCAUGGCCAGUCUGCAGAUCGUCAUCCAGUCCACAGCCACCGGGGAGGAGUACUUACCUGUGGCCCAUACCUGCUACAACCUUCUUGACCUCCCUAAAUACAGCAGCAAAGAGAUCAUGAAGGCGCGACUCACCCAGGCCCUCGACAACUAUGAGGGUUUUAGCUUGGCCUAAGGCACUCCAACUUACCCAAGACAUCCAUCCCUUCCUUCUUCUGUAGCCACAUUGAGGCUGAUAUAAAAUAUCAUGGGAAGUGAUUUCUAUUUUUUUAUUGUUUAAGUGGUUUGAGACUUUUGAAUCCUAAACCUUAGUCGAGGUGUUUCUGGGGUUCAAUCGUAAAUAGUCUUUUUGAAAAAUCAGUGGUUGCGGAUGAGCCAAAAAAUUGGCUUUAGUAUGGAAAGUGGAUUCAAUUUUGUUUUGUUUUGUUUUAAACCAAGGUACCUGUUGUUGUUCCUUCAUCUGUGAAUGUGUUGCAAUCUGCUCGAUUUAAUGGCAGUAGGUUUUUAGCUUUUGUUUCCCAGAUGUCUCGCAGCCCCAGUGUUUCUUCACCAUGCUUCGCCGCUCUCUUCCUGGCUUCUCAGUCCCCUACAGGGAUGACUUGAUGGAUAUGUCCCUUCUUGCCCUCCAUGCAGAGCAUUUCCUUUCUCCUCAGCACUGGAAAUGCAUGGCUUGUUGCAGCCCACCCUAGCCCAUAGACGGAACAGGCUUCUUUAGAACUCUCAAUUCCAGGAAGCUGAGCUUUAUCCUAGCUCACACGUCUUUAUGGGAACCUUCAUGAACAUGCCCUGCUUAAAGGAAGUAGGGCAUAACUGCCUAAUGCCUGGGCCUCCUGAAACACACACACGCACACCAGCGGCAGGUUACAGGGGGGCUGCAUGUGUCUUGUUAGCCAUGAGCCCUGGAUUCACAGUGAACUGGUAGAUGCCCUUCAUCAUACUUUUGAAAUGCAAGUUGCAUUUUUUCAUUUCCAUAUUGCCUAAGAACAGUACAAUUAAUAAAGGUUCCCCCUUCUUUAUUACUUUAUAUUCACUGUUCUCUCUUCCUUCCCUUCCUCCUCGUGUUCCCCACUCCUCCCUUCCUCUUGCUCUCUUUCUCUUCCUCGUCUUCGCUGCUUGAAUCUGUUCCCCUCUUCCUUGUGCUAGUGGAUGCAUGCUGGUUUCCUUUUAUUUUAAAUUUUGUAAGGUUUUUGUAAACCUCUGUCUCUAACUGUGAAGAUAUGAAGAUGCUCUUUAUAAUAGAGUUUUUGUUCAUCACAUGUGAAAUGUGCAUUUACAGUGAUAUUUCAGCAGGGGGAUUAUGUUAAGUCAAAGACGUGUGUCUCAAAAGUGACAUGUUUAACUGUUCCUCAUUGUAUAAGAAAAUUCUACAUGGUCAAAGAGUUCAUGUAAUUCUAAUUUUAAAUCUGUAGUAGAUAGAGAACGUAUUUAUUGACCUAAACUGAAGUACUUAUAGAUUGUGAUGCAGCGCUGAGUCUUGAUGAAGGAAUGUAGAUUUUGUUUUUCCUUUUUUUGUUUUUAAAAGUAACUCCAAUUGCUAAAUUGUUUGUUCUUCUGUCCUCAUAAAUAUAACAUUUAAAAAAGAUACACAAUUAUAUGAAAUGUUUAUUUUCUAUGUGUCUGCAUAUAGUUCAAUAUUAUCCAAUAAAUUUGGUGUUUUAACUUAAAA